AUGAAUAAUUUAUAAGGGAAUAUUUCAAAUAAUAACCCUGAUCCGAAUUACGGCCCAACUAGUUCUACUGGACAGCAUUAGUCUAGCGAAGGAUAUAGUAACAAGGCGGUAGGAGGUUCAACAAUGAGGAACAGUCUAUAAAGUUAGCAAACAUAAUCUUCAGUAGGUAGUAUGAUGAUGCACAGCAACUAAAGCAACAACAGCAAUAACUCCUAGGGGGAUUAUUUGAAAAAUAGCAUGAGCAACAAUAAUUCUAACAAUUCGCUUAAUUAAAACUAUCAAGGAAGCAGCGUAGGUUAAUAAUCUUCUGUGCGAAGAGGCAGUUCGAAUCAAAAUAUGAUGGGAUACGCUAGUAAUAGCGGAAAUUAAUAGAAUUAAUAAAAGCAAUCAUAAUAGCAUCUUUCCACUUAGUCACAAUAAAUGUAUAAAGAUGAUGAUGGUGGAUCUAAUUUGAACAGUCAUAGCACUGGAAAGGUUUCUCAAAAUAAUCACCAUCAGCAUUCAUUAAGUAUGCAACAAAAUUCAUAAUAGCUUUCAUAAAGCAUGGAUGUAGAAAAAUCGGAGUCUCAUUAAUCCUAGCAGUUCCAAUCGCAAUAAUAAUAGAAUUCUAAUUUAGGUUCAGCAAAUCCAGCUAGUGGACCUUCAUAAUCAGGCUAGGGAGCAUCUAGCUCAGCAUAGGGAGGCUCAGGUUCACAAUCAGCACAAGCUAAUUCAGCUACAGGCAACAAAACUCCUGCCAUUAACCGUCUAGAAGCAUAAGAUGUUAUUAUUAAUUUUAAAAAGCACUUAUUAGAUAAAUGGAAAAAGAAUAAAGCUAAAUAACACGUGAACAAGAUAAUCCAUUAUCACGUUUAACACACAUUCUUUCUUCGUUAUGCAGCUCCAUUAUUUUUGAAGGAUUAUUAAGAACUACUGAAUACUAAUCUCUAGUAAGCAGGCUAGAAUAACAAUAAUAGGGAAUAAGGAUUGAUUUCGACACUUAAAUAAAUUAAUUAAGACAUUUUAAACGGGAGUAAAAAAACAAAAAGUGUUGAUGUUUUAUAGUCUUAUCUCACCAAAUUGGAUGAGAAAGACCAACUCAACUAAUUUUUAGAAGUUUUAGUAUUUAUUCUAUUUGGUGAAAUACCCUAUUAAAUUCCUUUAGAACUCAACGAACGCAAAAAAAAUCUCUUUCAUUAUGUAUCUCCUAUCAUUGCUUUUUUAAUUAUUUUUUAUAUUCAUGCUGAAAAGAAACCAUAAACUCUCGAUGAACUUGUUACGCGCUCAGGCUUGAAGUAACUCUAUAAAAAUAUAAAAGUGCCAUGCAAAGAUGUGGAUCCUGAUGAUCCAAAUGCUGCAAAUGCAAAUGAUUCCGAUGAGGAUGAAGAUGAUGAAAUGAUAGAUGAAGAGGGAGACUCUGCUCAGUAGAAUUCAGGAUAAAACAAUAUAUAAAAUACUGCAUCAAAGCAGUAGCCUUCCAACACUUCUUAGUAGCAAUCUUCUUCUCAAUAAAAGAAUGCACCAGGUAGCUAAGUUGGCUCUACAGGAUCAGUUCCCUCUUUAAAAAAGAAGAACUCCUAGCAUCCUGCAAGUGAAAGUAUGAAAGAGGAGGAUGAUGACUAAUAAAAUUAAGAUGAUAAACAGUCUUAGCAAUCUGGGAUGCGCAGCACUCCUCAAUUUUUAGAUUUAGAAAAGACUCUUCAAUAGCAAAAACAAUAAUUAUCUCAAUAAGUCCUAAAUUAAUAAUAGAAUAUAUAUAAUCCAUAAGGAAAUACAAAUAUGAUAUAAAAGCGCAACCCUAUGAGUGGUAGUGGAAGUGGAAGUUUGAUGUCUGGAUCCCUCUCAUAAUCUGGUUAACAACCAAAUGGAAUGAUUCACACAUCUUCAUCACAAAGUAUGCAUCAUCACCAUCACCACCACCAUCAUCACUAAAUGCACUCAAUGAACCAAAAUAAUCCUUCCAAUUAAAGUAAUAAUCCCGGCGGAAUGAAUAAAGGAAUGAGCUCUUCUUCUUAUUAGCCACAGCAAUCACAAUCUAAGCAGCAUUACUAUUCUAACAAUAACAAGAAUAUUAACACUGAUAAUGAUGAAUAUGAUGAAGAUACUACUCAGCAUGACCUUUCAUCUCUUACUAAUUAGAGCACUUAUCCUAGCUAAAAUACACCUCCCAACAAUUAUCGUUCGAACAAUUAGAAUUCUAAUAGCUCUACUUUUCCUCAUGAGUACCCACCUCCACAGCAUAAGCAUUUCAAUUUUAACUCUUAAGCCAAUUUAAAUAGCUCAUCUCAGCAGCAGUUACAGCAGUAUCAAAGGUAGAUUUCUUCUUAAAGCUUCUCAGAGCAAACAAAUAAUUUCAAUUCUGUAAGCAUAAAUUAAAGAAAUCCUUAAUUCUAACAAAAUCAAUAAAUACCUCCUCCUAAAGGCAAUUAACCCUAUACACAUUAGCAAAGAAACGAAUAAAAUUAUUAAGAAAGCAGGUAUCCGGUUUAAAGAUUUAGUUCUAAUUCUGCUUCUAAUUUAUAAUCAGAUAAUUAAAUCAGUAUACCUUAUAGCAAUUAACAGUAAUAGUAAUAAAAUACACUUUCUUAAAAACCUAAUUUCAGCUAAAGCAUGAUACAAUAGAACUAGUCUAAAGAGUAUAUAGCAUCAAAUAGACCAGCAUCUGGUAGUUUUUAAGGGGCAUAGUAGUAAUAUAUAAAUAGUAUAAAGUAAUAGGAAAAUAGUGGAAUAGAAAACUACAACAAUAGUUCUAUAAAUAGCUAGUACUAUCAGCAAUAGACAUAGCAACUAAUUUAAAGGAAUUAAAAUGCAAUUAGAAAUGAUUCUUAAAGCAAUCCUAGCAUGGUUGGAAGAGAUAGUUAAAGUAGUAAUAUAAAUAGAAACUCCUACUAGACAAAUUAAUAGAUUCAAUUCAGAAAAGUUUGA